AUAAAAACCACAUUAAAGUACUUUGCAAGAAAACUCUUAAGAGACUUUAAUUUUCCGGAAAUAAUAUUUCUGUCAUGAUUCAAAGAAAAUGGAUGGCUUCCAAGUUGUUUCACGAAAGAAGAAAGGGAAAAGAAAGAGUACUGGAGCAUCGGAUAUUUUGGUGAACACAACAUUGGUUUCAGAUGAUAUUUCUGAUACAAAUUUACGAAGAAAAGUAAACCUCGCUAGAGACUCAAUAACUUGCACAGACUUUUAUACUGAUUUUAAAGCAAAAAUAAAGGAGUGUUUGAAUAAAGUUCCUUGUAUUCAUCAUGAGGAGACAACUGAGAGUCAACCAAAGGAUCAAAUACAAUAUGUGGUUCCAGAUGAAAUAGUCUCUUAUGGACUUGGAAAUUUUGCAGAGUGCUUGAUCGCUAGGUAUCAGCUGGCACUGCUUGUUGCAUUGAGAGAUGACUUACAGGUUCCACCAAACAGUGUACUGCUCUAUGAUCCUAAAUUCCUUUCUGUAGAAAAAGAUGUAUUGACAAGUUUUGGAUUUCAAGUUUUGAAAGAAAAUGAGGAAGCCAAGAGAUGCUGUGAGAGGCCGACACUGUUCUACAUGCCUCACUGUGGGAAAAGCCUGUACAACAACCUGCUGUUUGCCAACUGGAGUCCAGAUAGACUGUGUCACGUUGUCAUCAUAGGAAACAGCUUCACAAAUAUGGUUCAAAAUUUGCCUAGUAGUACAUUAAAAAGGUGUGCACCUUUGGUAAUGAAUAUUCAGCCAUUCACAGAGGAGGUGGUUUUUCCUGGGAACUUCCAGUAUCAGGACGUUUUUAAUGACACAGUUAUCCAUGUGUUUCCGAAAGACAACCUUUCAAAAACAGCACUGGAAUUUUGGGGAGAUUGUUCCACACCUACGUAUGAUGAAGAUGAUUUGGAAUUUAUACCCAAAUCUUAAAAAUAAACAUGUAGACACACAAACUCAAUAAAACUACAUGUAAAAUUAUGGGUUUCCUUUUCCCAACAGAGAUUAAAAAUCUGGACAUCAUUUGCCAAAAAAAAAAAUGAAAAUGAUUACAUGCAACCAAAUUAAUUUUUUUUAACUUAAUGUUUAAUUCAACUUAAUGGUACCAAUAGAAUAAGAAAAAUAGUUGACUUAAUUGUGAAAGAGUUAGUUUUAUCAAAAAUGUGUGUGUUAAAGAUUUUAGAUUUAGACUUUAGGCCGCACCGAAAAAAACCUUAUGAAGUUUUACAAUGUAAUCCCUCUGUCUUUAUAUUAAUUCAAAUAUUGUCAACCCAAAACGUAAAAGAUUUGUGCAAUUUAGGUAAAUGUAUCAUGAAUGCUUUUGUUAUCGGAAAACUCCAUGUAUAUAAAACUUUCCUAUUUUCCCAUUUUGACCCAUUUAUAUGUAUAUAAACGCAUAUUUAUUGCUAUGUAUAUGCAUGUAUUUUAAACAAUAAAAUACAAUCUAAUUUC